AUGGAUCCGAUCUUCGCCGUCAGCCGUGAAGAGUUCUACGAUGUUCAGAUGGAGUUGAGGCGCAUUCAGCAUGUUCAGCACCUCCACGGGGAAAGACUACGGUCGCUGGAGAAACGCCAGGCUGAUGAUGCCGCCUUGAGGUCCGUCUGGAACUCCCCCUUUCCCAGUGCGCUAGGGGGGACUCCUCAACACGGACCGGUAGUCUCCGGCGAGUUGAUCAGUGAUUUCGAAGACGAAGCCCAGAACCUUCUUGGGUCGCUCCAGCUCGAAACGGAGGAUGAGCCGAUACGACGGGGAGCAGCCUCGCGGGCCAACAGCGUUCGGUUCGAUGAAAGUGCAUUGCACGGUGCCAACAACAGCGGCCAUGGCGGCCGCCAGUCUGGUGACUUUGGGAUCAUCCGCCCUGGAAGCGGCAUGGGAGGUCACCAGAUGAUGGAGCGCUCAUACUCACACAGGUCAGACGGGAGACACAGCUCGGCAGGGCACUCAGUCCAUUCGAUGCACUCGGGGAUAUCAGGGCGCACCAGCAGCCUGGGGCUAGACACUAAUUUCGCGAUUGGCGGCGACGAGGAUGAGUCGGGCCUGGAGAUGCCGGAGCGGCCUCCCAUGUUAUACAUUCUUGGCUCACCCCCCUCCAUCAUCCGCUGCUGGCUGACCCCGACCUUCACAUCCGACGGGCUUCUGUAUGCCGUGGUGUGCACCGGGUCCCAAAAGUCGACCGUCGACUACACGCUACUCAAAGAGCUCGAUUUAGUCAACAAUAUCCACAGGGACAUAGACGGUGCUCACAGGAUCACCCUGCCUGUGUUUUUGGCCGAGGCACGUGUUACGCAGGCAAACUCUCGGGCCGCGAGUCCGGGCCCGCAUCUUCCCAAUAUCACGGCGUCCUUCGAAGUGACGGGCAUGGCACAGCCGGAGUCGCCUGAAUCGAAGAAGGCCAUCCGCGUCUUCAUCGGCAGCCACACGUUACGCAUGCAUGGCGCCGAUAUCUUGCUUUCGCGGAAUCUGAUGACCUUGUAUGGAAGCGACCGCGAUAAGCUUGCCAUCCCUUUUGUGCGACCGGAGGAUGACGCAGUUUUCAAGCAUAUAACUACGGCCAACGUGGUGCCGAGUAAGCACAAACUGAACGCUGCUGCCCCUGAGUUCGUUGCCAGCGACAAGUCAGCAAAAGGAUCCGUACAGGAUGCCAAAGACCAAGGUAGCUCCCGGUCGAUGUCCAUGGACAGCAACUCUGAGGCGGCAGUAUCACCUCGGGCGCCUUCGGCUCAGCCUGCCAAACAAUCCAUCACCGGUGCGACACCCGAAAGCGCGGGAGAGAGCGCGAAGCAGUCGGCCGAGUCGGCUGCACCGCAAUUAAAUGGGAAAGAAGGUACGGGAGCAACGGAAGCUAACCGUCGGGAUCCCGGCGCAGCCAUCCAAACGCCGUGGCGGCAGAGGGCCACGGCAGGGCUCGGGGAUAGCAGCACACCGUUGAGUGGAUAUCAGCCAGCUGCGCGGCCUCGCAGCAUGAAAGUGCUGAAGCCGAACAGGUCGAGCAGUUCAUCUAUGAAGACCAGUGCGACAUAUGAGCCGGCGCCGACGUCACGGUCUAGCACCGAACAGAGACGUAAUGGCGGCACAACGGCGAUCAGCUGGGGCGGUUCGAAGCGUAGCCUGAGUGGCUCUGCGGCAAGCAGCUUCGGGGAAGCGAAAUCGCCGAGCGGUCAGGAGACCGGGAAGGGGCCGUCAGCCGCACGAACGGCAAAUAACCCUCUCGGGAGCGCGUCUGCGUUUUCCUGGAUUGCUAAGCCGAGCCCGCCGACAACUGCUACCGACUAG